AUGCCCAAGGUAUAUGCAUUUUUGAGCGAGAGGGUUGCUGGAUCCAGUGUCUGGAAUGAGCCAACGGGAAAAGUCGCGCUGGCACUGUCGGAUGCAGUUGGAGACGCCGCAGCAUCUGAUGGUGAUGCUGACACUGCAGCGGCAGAUACAAGCGUAGACGCUGAAGCGGCUGCAGAAUCAGAAGCAGUCGAAGCCGAUGCAGUCACCGCUGAGUCUGCAGAGGACGGUGAGACAGAUGAGGCUGCAGCUGCAUCUGAAGAGGCUGUAGGUGUUGAAGCUGAACCGUCUGAUGAGGAGGACGCAGCAGUUCCUGCAGCAGCACUGGCCUCGGACGUGAUGUUAAAGGUGGCGCCGGUCACGGCGACGCUUUGA